AGCUAAAAGAGUGCGGUUUUAUCAAGGAACCUUAUUAGUACACUUGUGCAAAUUAAAGAAACAAGACAUCAUCAUGGCGUUCAACUUGUACUCCUUGGACGUAAAGCAGCAGUUGGUGCAAGAAUUGAUGGCUCUGCUCCAAGAAGUACAGGAGUUUGAUUUCUCCAAGUUCUGGGAGACCGGCACGGGUGACAUAAAGUGCCAGCUAACGGACAAACUGUUUCCCAACAUACGCCAAAACCUCGACAAGAUCGAAGCAAUUAUUAACCACGAGAACAUGCUUAACUAUGUUUCGCAGGUGACCUCCAUCUGCAAUAAAUUUCAGAAUAUGGGAGCGAGGCGAGAGACCAUAAAGCGCAUUUGGGACGCCUUGGAUGAGAUUGCUGACGAAUUAUCCCCCCCAAUGGCUAAAAGGCGAAAGCUGGAGGAGCAAUAAAUUCAAAAAUGGGAAGCAAUCUACCGCAUAUUUAUACUUAAAUACCAAUAGCGGCUUUCCUUGGCUACACAAUUACACAGGAAUAUAAUGUAUAUCAAGGCGAUACAAAUAAACAUUUAAAAUCGAA